AUGGCCGAUUCGCUCGCUAUUCUCCGCCAACAACGCUCUGACGAGCUGGCCAGGCUCGCCGAUCAGCACAUGCAACAUGAUCUUCAGUCCGAGGACCGCGAUAAGCUCAAAGCUGCCGCAUCUUCGGUCUCAUUGUGGACAACAGUCGGGUCAGCGAUCGGAGUGAGUCUUGGUCUCCUUGCCGCGAUCAGACUGCGCAGUACGCGCAAAGCGUUCUUCUCAGCUAUUCGCGCCCAAGAGAAGCCUACAAAGGUUAUGUUCCAAGAUGGUCGAACUGAAUCCAUUCCUGACCUCACGCCGCUGUUGAAACCUACUACACUAGGCGAUGUUGCGACAUACCUCUUUGCCUCGGCUGGUGGGUUACUCUUGGGUGGCGAGCUUGGCUUUGCUGGUGGUGCAGCGAGUGCCACGAGGAGUAUGUCGGCGGAUCCUGAGAGCAGGAAGAGAAUCGAAACUGCGUUUAGAAGAUUCCGGGCUGAUGUGCUGCGGAAAGAGGCUGAUGCUUUGGACAAGGGAGAGAAUGCGACCGAGUUGAUUUAA